AUGGGGCUCGGACAGUCCAGCAAGGCUCCCGUCACUGAUGACACAGACGAUGUAAAUUUUGACCACUUCCAGAUCCUGAGGGCAAUAGGAAAAGGAAGCUUCGGCAAAGUCUGCAUUGUACAAAAAAAGGACACCAAGAAGAUGUACGCCAUGAAGUAUAUGAACAAGCUCAAGUGUGUGGAGAGGAAUGAAGUGAGGAAUGUCUUAAAAGAGCUGCAGAUCAUGCAGAACCUCGAACACCCUUUCCUGGUCAACUUCUGGUAUUCCUUCCAGGAUGAGGAGGACAUGUUUAUGGUGGUGGACUUGCUCUUGGGGGGAGACCUGCGCUAUCACCUGCAGCAGAACGUCCACUUCUCAGAGAGCACUGUCAAACUCUACAUCUGUGAAUUGUCCCUGGCCCUGGGAUAUUUGCGCACCAAGCGCAUAAUACACAGAGACAUCAAACCUGACAACAUACUACUGGAUGAACAUGGGCACGUCCAUCUAACAGACUUCAACAUUGCAGCCAUUGUAAAAGAAGACCUAAAAGCAACGUCCAUUGCUGGAACGAAGCCGUACAUGGCUCCUGAGCUUUUUCAGACCUUCGAGGGGUCCCACCCUGGCUACUCCUUCUCUGUUGACUGGUGGUCACUGGGCAUCACAGCAUAUGAGCUACUGAGAGGACAGAGACCAUAUGUGAUGAGAUCCAGUACACCAGCUAAUGAGAUCCUUCAGACCUUCCACAAGGUCCAUCCUAGCUACCCAGCGGCCUGGUCUUUGGAGAUGAAGUCUCUUCUCAGAAAGUUGCUGUGCAUAGAUGUCCAGACGCGCAUUUCCUGUCUAGCAGAGCUACAGGAUCUGGACUACAUGUCAGAUGUCAACUGGGACGCUGUGCUCAGCAAACAGCUUCCUCCAGGCUUUAUUCCCAAUAGACGGAGACUAAACUGUGACCCUACAUUUGAGCUGGAGGAAAUGAUCCUGGAGUCCAAACCGCUUCACAAGAAGAAGAAAAGGCUUGCCAGGAAAACCAGGGACCAGGGAUCUGAUGGCUCCCCACAGAAUGGUCAGUUGCAGCAGCGACUGGAUAAUGUCCAAAGAGACUUCAUUGUCUUCAACAGAGAAAAGUCAAGGAAAGCAGUGGUGGAUAUAGAGUCCUCUGAGCUGUCCAUGAGUGAGAAGAACAAGGCAAUAGAAGAUGGACAGAACAACAAUGUUGAACCGGCUGCCUACUUAUCAGGAUAGGGCUCAUGACUCGAAAUCCCUACUUACUCCCUUAUCACCUGCACCUGCCCACAGCUUGUAGAUCAGCAAUUUACACUCAGACACCUAUUGUUCAGCACAGGCACUCAGAUUCGGUCUUCAAUGUUCCUGCACCACUACAUUGAUAAGAACACAAAUGCAGAAUGCACCACUGAUCACACACAGAAACCACAUUAUCAAGUGCUCCAGAACUGUAGUGAAAUGGAACCCUGGAGCAGCAGCCAUGCCACAGCCAGGCUUUUUCGCUUUACCGUCACAGAGAAGACUGACUCUCAGCCGAGUGACACUCAUAUCAUGCUUCCUUACAUCACUCUGGUGCUCUAAGGUCUGCUCAACCUCUACUCUGGGCAGUGUGCUGAAAUGAAGAGGGAGUCACUCCCCUGCCAAAAAGGAGACAAUGCCGCACCUACUCAGCUGUCGCAGGAA